GCGAUGUUUAGGAAAUGUGUUUCAGAGCCUGACCAUGUCCAGGACCUUAGGAUAAACAGUUUAAUCAAAUCACCUUUAAUGAGACAACGGGACGCCGCUUUAGUACGUUGGUGGUUACAAAGCAACCUAAACACACACCCGGAAACAUUGGUCGGACAGCAGAUUUACUGGUCUGUAACUCUGAAAAGGAACAUUUUUCUAAGCCAUCGGAGGGACACGUUCGACGGGAAAUGAAGCUGGAUAACUGAACCACAUAUUUCUUACAUUAAAUGUGGAUAUUUGUUGUGAUUGGAUCGCUAAGCUGAACAGUGUUUUGUGUUAUAUUCAACAAACUGAAUAACAUGUCCGAUAACAGAACGGAACCGGAUUUGUUUCCAACUACAAGCACCACAGAUGGUGCCUUACCGGCCCUCCCUCUGAGUCCCGAGGAGAUAAUGGUACGGGGAAUUUGGAUGGCGUGGUACGAAUGCAACGCUACCGUUAUAUCACAGCCGUAUCCUAGCGAUGGUGGGCUGUACUGUAAUGCUACUUUUGACGGCUGGGACUGCUGGAAUUACACGUCAGCGGGGACAACAAUACAUCACGAUUGCCCAACCUUCCUCAGACACAAGUAUGGCAGUCCUACCGGCCAAGCGUUCAAGCAUUGUCGAGAGGACGGGACAUGGUUGACACACCCAGACACUGGGCGGACAUGGACCAACUAUACCCUGUGUGCCAGCAACAAAGAGACACUGCAGAGAGUGAUCAGUAUAUAUUACAGUGGCUACGCCAUCUCCAUCAUUCUUUCCGUCGCCGCCCUCCUCAUAUUCUCCUUCUUCCGACAACUCCAUUGUAGCCGUGUGACGUUACACAAGAAUCUGUUCGUCACAUACGUUCUGUCUGGGGCGGCCUGGAUCCUCAUGUUCGCUCUCAUGGACAAUCCGGUUAUGGUAAAAGAAAACAAGCCAUGGUGCCAGGCGCUGCACGUACUGACUCAGUACCUGACACUGUGUAACUAUUUCUGGAUGUUCUGCGAAGGGUUCUAUCUCCACACAUUAAUCGUCUUCGCUUUCGCCAACGACAAGCGUCUACUCAUCAUCUGUUACGUCAUCGGAUGGGUUGGUCCACUGAUACCUACUGCGGUAUAUGCGGCAGUCCGAGGUUCUAAGCCGGAACUACGUCAUGGGUGCUGGUCAAGUACAACAGGUGAAAACUGGAUCCUCACCGGACCUGUAAUCUUAUCGUUAGUGGUCAACUUUCUGUUUUUACUGAACAUUUUAAGGAUUCUGCUUUCCAAAUUACGGGCAGUAAAUUCAAAUGAAGCGCAUCAGUCUAGGCGAGCAGCCCGCGCCACACUUAUUCUUAUACCUCUGCUUGGUCUACAGUACUUCGUCAUACCUCUGAAGCCAAAUACCGCGUCCCCAGUCUAUGAUAUCAUAUCCGCUGUGCUCACAUCAUACCAGGGGGUGCUUGUAGCACUAUUUUUCUGUUUCGGUAACGGCGAAGUUAUCAAUGUUGUUCGGCGGAAGUGGAAAGUAAUGAGGGAGAGAUUAGGCAGCGUGGAUAUGAAGCGCAGUAAUACAUUCAACGUCAGUCUACUAGAAACGACCUAUGUUCCAAGGAACGCCUCAGCAACCGGUUCGUUUCACAGAAAAUCAGAGGAUAGAUUAUCACCCGGAAAGGACUCUCGAGAUCGCACAGAAAACACACCUUACACUCCAGUGGUUAGGGAUGAUCAGGAUAAUGGGGAAGUAUGAGCCUUCACGUCUCCACAAUUCAGACAAGAUUGCCAGAUCAAGUUGACUAUUGCUAUAAACUUGAUGAAGAUGAUACUAUUGAUACGGGAUGUUAAUUAAUUCGUGAAUGGACUAAAAGCUACUUUAUAGUGUGUUUUCGAGUGCUUGCGAUACCAACAAAAACAAUUAAUUGGUGUUAUGAUGUUCUAUCAGUUGUUCACAAUACUUCUACAGCUGGAUCUUAUACUAUGUGUUCAUUAAAUAUAAACGCCCCGCUGUUCUAUCAUUUUCGUAGAUAUUUGAAAUGUUGGUUUUAUGAAAUCUUGGCAAGAGGACAUCUUCUGGUUGUUCUAUCUAGCGUACAGAGGAUAUACGCGACAGAUUCUUUAAUAUGUUCUCAUUAAAACGUCUUUUUUGGCUGUUCUUCCUUGAAAAGAGGAGACAUCAUCGUUAGACUGUUCGACAAUGUGUUCACGAAAUAUUGUAUUCUAGCGGUCAUAGUCACAUACAACAGACAUCCACGUCAGACUGUUCAACAAUGUGUUUAAGAGAUAUCUUAAUCAAGCUGUCAUAGUCACAUACAACAGACAUCCACGUCAGACUGUUCAACAAUGUGUUUAAGAGAUAUCUUAAUCAAUCUGUCAUAGUCACAUACAGGAGAAUCCACGUGAGGCUGUUCAACAAUGUGUUCACUUGAUAUCGUGUUCUGGCAAAGACGCAACUUUUCUAUAAUAUGUUCACGGGAUAACGGAUCUCAAGGACAGGGCAUAUCCAUCUAUUUUUAUUCUGUAAAAUGUCGUCGACGUGUAAACGUUUUUUUCGAGUAUGUGAGGCUUUGUAUCAUUUUGGAUGAAUAUGGAUGAGCUUUGUAUAAAAUAUACCUAAGACUGAUGUUUAAAAGGUUGUUUAUUUUCUGUUUAAGCAUUGCAUGCAGACAUGUUGAUAUGUUAGUAUAAUACAGCUUUACAUUACAACAUCAAACAAAAACCAAAGUUAAUAACCAACCAUAUCAAAGUUGAUAACCAAUCAUAUCAUAGUUGAUAACCAACCAUAUCAAAGUUAAUAACCAACCAUAUC